UCAGGAAGACCGUGAGGGUCAUCAGCGGAGAAGAGUCAGUCGCACAAUAGGAAGAAAAAAAAAGAGACCGCCGCCAUGUCCGAUGGCUCCCGCACGGCGCUUUCGAAGUCGACCUUCCACUUCGCCGCCGGCCUCGGCUCCGGCGUGUUCUCGGCCGUCCUCCUCCAGCCGAUCGACCUCCUCAAGACGCGCGUCCAGCAAUCCGGCGCCCACUCCCUCACCGCCGCCAUAGCCGACAUCCGCGCCGCCCCACGCCUCCUGCCCGCCCUCUGGCGCGGCGCCGUCCCCUCCGCCCUCCGCACCGGCUUCGGCUCCGCCAUCUACUUCACCUCGCUCAACGCGAUCCGCCAGAGCGCCGCGCGCCUCGCCCCGCUGUCGCCCUCUUCGUCGUCGUCGUCGUUGUCCUCCUCCUCCUCCUCCCUCCCCAAGCUCUCCAACACCGGCAACCUCCUCGCGGGCGCCGCCGCCCGCUCCUUCGCGGGGUUCAUCCUCAUGCCCCUGACCGUGCUCAAGGUCCGGUACGAGAGCACCUUCUACAACUACAGCUCGCUGGCCUCGGCGGCGCGGGACAUCGCGGCCCGCGAGGGCCUGCGCGGCUUCUUCGCCGGCUACGGUGCGACCGCCGUGCGCGACGCCCCCUACGCCGGCCUGUACGUGCUGUUCUACGAGCAGAGCAAGCGCCGGCUGAGCGCGCUGUUCCCCGCCGCCGCGGCCGCCGCGCCGUCGCCCGAGGAACCGGAGCGGCAAGUGGCAGGUGGAGCAGGAACGGGGCAAGGGCAACCAGGGCGAGGUGGUGGCGGUGGAGGUGGAGGAGGAGGAGUCGCGGGGGGCGGCGGCGGCGGCCGGAUGGCGCUCUCGCACGCGGCGGGCAUCAACUUCGCCUCGGGCGUGUUCUCGGGCGUCGUGUGCAGCGUCAUCUCGAACCCGUUCGACGCGGUCAAGACGCGCAUCCAGCUGCAGCCGGGCCAGUACCGCAACAUGGUGCAGGCGGCGCGGCGGAUGGUCGGGGAGGAAGGCGUGCGGGCGCUGUGGGACGGGCUCGCGCUGCGCAUGAGCCGCAAGGCCGUCAGCUCGGCCCUGGCCUGGACCGUGUACGAGGAGCUGAUUAGGCGCGCCGAGGCGGGCUGGGAGGCACGGCAGGCGAGGGCGGGCCUCUGACCAUGAUUGAUUUGGGGUGAAAAUCGGUCGGGUUUGCAUCAAACGGAGUUCUUCGUAGACGGCGGUUUGUUUUUUUAUUGGUUUUUCUGUUUAGGCGUACACGGUCCGUUCACACUACCCUGUCCAAAAACCCAACCCAAAAGCGUUACCCAACCCAACCCAAGGCAGAGAGAGUUGCGACAUUCGCGGGGCCGGAUAACCCAGCUCGCGGGACGACGA